CACAAUUGUUGUCCAAGGUAGAAAACUAGCUUGCGAUGUAAACUCAAAUGAGAUAAGUGAUUCUGCUUCAUUUAUUGAGUUGUAUGAGUGUAUACAUUAUUCCAAGUUCUCGAAUAGCGUAAAGCAAGAAAAAAAAUUUUGGCUACAAAAAUGGACUUAAUCUCUUUGAUAUUAAGCGCCCUGUUUGUUGGUUUAAUAAUUCCCGCAAUUAUAUCGACAGUGUAUCAUCAGUAUAUUCUUCGUCAAAAGCUCAAAAACUUGCCUCAAAAAGGUGGAUUUCCAUUUGGCAUGAUAUUCGAAUAUAUAAAACGAACAAACUAUGAACGCUUACUAUUGACUAGGCAAAAUAUGUUACAUUUUAAAGAAGGCAUUUUCGUAAAUUGGUUUGGCAUAAAGCCGUUUAUUAAUCUGUAUAAACCUGAAUUAUUAGAGAUUAUUUUGCCCAGUACCAUGUAUAUUGAGAAAGGAAAUCCCUAUAAGUUUCUGGAUUCUUGGUUAGGCAAAGGACUUCUCACUUCUACAGGGAAACAAUGGUUCCAUGAUAGAAAACUCAUCAGUCCAACGUUCCAUUUUAAUAUAUUGGAUAAAUUUGCCAUAGUUAUAUUAGAAAACAGAGAUUCUGAUAAAAUGUCUCGAGAGAGAAUAACAACAAUCCAGGCGUUUAUUAACAAAGCUGCUCUUGAUGUUAUAUGUGAAACAGCAAUGGGUGUGAAUAUACGCGCUCAAGAAGUUGAAACCAAAUAUACUGCAACAAUACAUAGAAGCUCCAAAUUACUAAUGGAUCGAUUUUUUCGACCGUGGCAAUGGCCAAAUUGGUUAUACGUCUUAAUGCCUAUAGGAAAAGAAUAUGAAUCAGGAAUUAAUAACCUACAUAAGUUCACGAGAGAAGUAAUAAAUAAAAGAAAGAUUGCACGACAAUUGCAAAACGAUUCCGCCAAAUCGGAAAACAAAGAUGAUGAAUUUAAUAUAGGUAAACAAAAGAGGAAAGCUUUUCUGGAUGUGUUACUAGAUCAGAAUGAGAAGGACGAAACUCCGUUAACCGAUGAUGAAUUGAGGGCACAAGUCGACACAUUCAUGUUUGAAGGUCACGACACAACUGCGGUUGCGAUAAGCUGGACGCUUUUUCUCUUGGGCAAUAAUCUCGAUCAGCAGGAAAAAGUUCAUAAAGAACUCGAAGAAGUUUUCGAAGAUUCCAAGACACCAGCCAGCGUAAAGAAGCUGUCGCAAUUAAAGUAUCUCGAUAUGGCCAUAAAGGAAAGUCUUAGAUUAUAUCCCAGUGUACCCAUAAUAUUAAGACAAUUGUCGCAAGAUAUAAAACUGAGUAAUUAUACACUCCCGAAAGGUGCUACAGUUUCAAUACAAAUCGCAUUUAUGCAUAGAAAUCCUCAAAUUUGGCCAGAUUCAACAAAGUUUGAUCCAGAUCGUUUUCUUCCGGAAAAUUCGAAACAUAGGCAUCCAUAUGCCUACAUUCCAUUCAGCGCUGGACCAAGAAAUUGUAUCGGCAAAAGAUUUGCUUUACUUGAAGAGAAAAUAAUAUUAACAGCUAUUCUGAGAAAGUGGAGAUUGAAAAGUGUAAAAGCGACAGAAGCUGUUCAGUAUGAAACCUCUAUCAUUUUACGACCAUGCGAAAAAAUAUUCAUCCAUUUUACGCCAAAGAAAUAAUCAAUUUAUUAGUAAAUAUCUAUUUCUCUUUAUCGUGCGUAAUCUUUAUAAUCUUUUUCAAUCAUGAAAUUCGAAUAUUUUUAUUAUUAUUGCCGUUGUGCAUAGCAUUUACAUUAUAUACGUUAUACUCUUUUACGUAUAUGUAUAGUGAUUAAAUAAUACGAGGUAUUUGUCAAAUAUAUUGUAUGGCCAGUAAGAGUUAAAAGAAUAUAAAUGAUUUAUAUAAAUU